ACGUGUCGGCACAGAGACGUCCCCGUGACGGCACGAGAUGGCGGCAUCCACGACAGCACGCGACGUCCAGCUGCCGCAGCACAGAGACGGCACGUGACGGCACGGCGAGACAGCACGACGUGCCGUCUCUGUGCCGUCUCUGUGCCAGCAGAAAACGCUACCGGCGGGGAGCGAUUUUAUCGCAUAUAAAAAUAACGCUAAAUAAAAAUUAGUUAGAACGCAUAACUAAGCAUCUACAUCAUAAAUAAUUAAUAAAUUUUGUUAUAUAGUAUAAAAAAAAUUUUAUUUAAGAAAAAAAAAUCUGCCGGGUGUAGGGCUGGAACUCACGAUCUUUGGAUCAGAAGUCCGAAGCUCUAGCCUCUGAGCCACAACUCUUCUUACAAUUUGAUGCACAAUUGCACCUAAUAAUCAUCGCUAAUAAUUAGAAUUAUGUAAUAAAAUAAUGUUUAAAUGUAAUUCGGUUUGGAGAGAAUAAAAAAAGUAAUAAAUGUAUGCUCUUUACUAAUUAAAGUCCAUAAUUAUUAAUAAUGCAACAUUCUGAGCACGCGGCACGCGUGCUGUCGCUGUGCAGUCUCUGUGCCGUCGCGUACAGACGCCCUAGGACGCAUGUCGAGACAGCAACUGGACGGCACACGGACAGCACGCCGUGCGGCACAACAAGUCUCGGUGGAGACAGCACGUGCUGUUAUCUGGGAUGGUGCGCACGCUCGCAUCAAUAUAUUAUAUAUGUACUACCAUAUGCCGGCUCUGGAAAAAAAAUUUUGUAAACAUAACCUAUAUAUAUACAAACUACAAGACUGCAGUAGCACACAUAGAUGAAAUUGUUAAGUUUAUAGUUGAAUACUUUGUUAUAUUUAUUAUUGUUAUCGAAAUGCCACCAAAGAAAGCCGCAGCAGGUGGUGGUGCGAAAGCCGGGAAAUCGAAAGGUGGCGGGGAUGAUGGUGACAAAGGAAAGGGAGAGAAGAAAGGAGGAACUUCUGUUAAGGUUCGUCACAUACUUUGCGAGAAACAAUCGAAAAUUUUGGAAGCCAUGGAAAAACUGAAAGCUGGUCAGAAAUUUAACGAAGUUGCUGCCACUUAUAGUGAAGAUAAAGCCAGAUCUGGUGGUGAUCUUGGAUGGAUGACAAGAGGUUCGAUGGUGGGUCCAUUUCAGGAAGCAGCGUUCGCUUUACCCAUAUCUAGUCUUGGCUCUCCAGUCUACACAGAUCCACCGGUGAAAACGAAAUUUGGUUAUCACAUCAUCAUGGUAGAGGGAAAGAAAUAAAUGACUUGGUAUUUGCACAUAUUAUUAAUUAAUUUUGUUUAAUAAAGAUUUUUCUUGUACAAAAAAAAAACAAA